AUGGAUGGAACGAAUCAGUCUGUGGUGUCAGAGUUUGUGUUCCUGGGACUCACCGAUUCCUGGGAGAUCCAACUUCUCCUUUUUGUGUUCUCCUCCACGUUUUAUGUGGCAAGCAUGAUGGGAAACUCCCUCAUUAUACUCACUGUGACCUCUGACCCUCACUUACACUCCCCCAUGUACUUUCUGCUGGCCAACCUCUCCUUCAUUGACCUGGGAGUUUCUUCUGUCACUUCUCCCAAGAUGAUUUAUGAUCUUUUCAGAAAGGGUAAAGUCAUCUCCUUUGGUGGCUGCAUCGCUCAAAUCUUCUUUAUCCACGUCAUUGGUGGUGUGGAGAUGGUGCUGCUCAUCGCCAUGGCCUUUGACAGAUAUGUUGCCAUAUGUAAGCCUCUCCACUAUCUGACCAUCAUGAGCCCAAGAAUGUGCCUCUUCUUUUUAGUGGCUGCCUGGAUGACUGGCCUCAUCCACUCCAUGGUUCAACUGGCGUUUGUGGUAAACUUACCCUUCUGUGGUCCUAAUGUGUUGGACAGCUUUUACUGUGACCUUCCUCGGUUCAUCAAACUUGCCUGCACGGACACCGACCGACUAGAGUUUAUGGUCACAGCCAACAGUGGAUUCAUCUCUGUUGGCUCCUUCCUCAUACUGAUCAUUUCCUACAUCAUCAUCAUUCUCACUGUUCAGAAACACUCUUCAGCUGGUUCAUCCAAGGCUCUGUCCACACUGUCAGCUCACAUCACUGUGGUAUUCUUGUUCUUUGGUCCUUUGAUAUUUGUCUAUACAUGGCCAUCUCCCUCCAUACAUCUGGAUAAGUUUCUGGCCAUCUUUGAUGCUAUUCUCACUCCUUUCCUAAAUCCGGUCAUCUAUACAUUCAGGAACCAAGAAAUGCAGGUGGCAAUGAGGAGAGUAUGCAGACAGCUAGUGAAUUACAGGAAGAUCUCUUAA